CGUUGAACAUUUGCAAUUUCCUGAUUGCGCACUGGAGCAUAAUCACCUCUAGGAGGUCCUGGCGUCGGCGCCCCGAAGGGAGAAUCCCUUGAGCUGGACAUUUCAAAGGUUUCCGACAGCCUUAUUCUAUGGAUUCGCUUUCUGGUUCACGUCCCGCAAUUUUUCCGACAGCUUUGUUGCGUGGCAUCCCUUUCUGAACCCCCUCCCGCAAGGUUGCCGACAGCCUUCUUCAGUGGCCUUCCCUUUCCGGGACGACCUUCAGCAUCUGCGUCAAACCACCCUCGCAACGCUGGCGUCCCUCGAAAAUGAUGGAAGAACAAUUUGACUCGGGUCCCUAUCCAAGCCCGCUCGUCUUGUCGGCAGACGGUCAGGGGCUUGGCGGCGUUAUGGGGGAACUGGUUCGGUCGAAAGACUGGUCCGAAACGCCACUUGGACCUCUCGAAAACUGGAGCUACACAUUGAAGACGGCCGUUAGCUUUACGCUAAAUGCCGCAUUUCCUUUCAUCCUUGCCUGGGGAGAGGCGGGAAACGUCAUAUACAACGACCGGUAUAUACCCAUCAUGGGACAACGCCACCCAUCAACCCUGGGGGCCCCUGUCGCGGAAGUAUGUAAAGAGUCCAUCCAUGUAGUCGGACCCAUGUUUGAAAAAGCUAGGGAGGGAACUGCUGUUUCCUGCGAGGACGGUUUGCUGCAGGUUAACCGCAAUGGGUAUUUGGAAGAAGCUUAUUUUUCGUGGUCCUACUCUCCCAUACGGAACCCCGACGCAUCGAUUGCGGGGGUCCUCGCUCCGACACAGGAGACAACGCAUCGUGUCCUGCGACAUCGGCGAUUGACGCUGCUGCGUGAUGUGGCCUCGGGAACCGCAGAUGUUGCCUCACAACACGCAGCAUGUCAGAUAUUUAGCGACAUUGUAGCGAAAAACAAUGCGGACAUUACCUUUGCAUUGAUCUAUCUCAUCGACUCGACUGGCAAGAGAUUGGAGCUCGCAGGCCGGGCCGUGCUCGCUGAAGACCAUCCAGCAUCGGUCCCGUCCAUUCAACUAAGUGAACAUGCGGCCACUGCUGCCGCGUGGCCGGUGGAGCAGGUGUUGGGCGAGCGCUGUGCUGUCGAAGUGACAGGUUUGGAAGAGCGAUUCGGUUUCAUUCCUAGUGGAUGUCAGCUGCCAACCUCCAAUGCCAUAUGCUUGCCGCUUGACGGACCUAGUCACGAAAGCAUCGGAGUCGUGGUCUUCGGUGUGAAUCCGCGGCGAAAGCUUGACCCUGAGUACGGGGACUUUUUGGAUCUUGCCAGAUCACAGCUCUCGUCGGCCAUUUUCCGCGGCCGUUGCGUGAUGGAGGAGCGACGACGACUAGAAACCUUUGCCGAGAUUGAUCGGGCGAAAUCUGUGUUCUUCAGCAAUGUCUCGCACGAAUACCGAACGCCCCUCACGCUGAUCCUCGGCCCUGUUGCUGAGCUACUUGCCGACGACUCCUUGAGCACCAAGCAGCGGGAACACGUCCGCAUGAUCGAGCGUAAUGCGCAGCGGCUAUACAAACUUGUGAAUGCCGUCUUGGAUUUUUCAAAACUGGAGGCGGGAAGAAUGGACGCACGGUUCCGCCUUACAGACAUCAGCCUCGUCACCGCUCACACGGCGUCGAUGUUUCGCUCAACAAUGGAGAAAGGAGGGCUCCAAUUUGUGGUGGACACGCCGGCCUUGGGCGAGCUCGUUUACUUGGAUGUCGACAUGUGGGAGAAGAUCGUGCUCAAUUUGCUCAGCAAUGCGUUCAAGUCUUGUAGACAUGGGAAGGUGACCGUUAGAAUCUAUAAAACCGAAACGGACGUCCUUCUCGAAGUCGACGACACGGGCUGUGGGAUAGCGGAGGGUGAGAUGGAUCGCCUGUUCGAGCGGUUUCAUCGUUGCCACUCGUCGUACGGCAGGUCGGUGGAGGGCACCGGCAUCGGACUUUCUUUGACAAACGAGUACGUCCGUCUCCAUGGUGGAGAGAUCCGGGUGGAGUCGAAAGUCAACGUGGGAACGAAAUUUGUAGUAUCCAUUCCCUUUGGGAAAGGACAUUUGCCUCUCGAAAACAUCAUCAGCGACGCUCCUGAGGGGCUUCCUACACAAGACCGUCGCGGAAGCAAAUCGUCAUCGGAAGGACGGGCUAUUGUUCAGGAAAGUUUGCGGUGGGUCAGGGAAGACGCAAGCUUGCUAGACGAAAAUGGGGACACUUCGAUGCAACCCACAUCUCUGAGCAAUCUAUCAGCGUCGUCAGAUUACUCUAUCGGAAUGGAAGAUCCGGCGCUCCCUUUAGUGCUUCUCGCGGACGACAACGCGGAUAUGAGAGAAUACGUCGGUGGUCUGCUCGCUAAGUUCUGCACCGUCAACGUCGUUUCCGACGGGCUACAAGCGUAUCAGAGCGCAAUUGAUGAUCCACCUGACCUUAUCAUAUCGGACGUAAUGAUGGGAGGUCUGACAGGCUUUGAGCUUUUAGAGAAAGUCAAAGCCGACGGGCGAACUCAAAGCAUUCCGGUCAUUUUACUCUCUGCCCGCGCGGGAGAAGAAGCGAAAGUGGAAGGGCUCCGUUCCGGCGCUGAUGACUAUCUAGCGAAGCCGUUCUCUGCAAAGGAGUUAAGAGCCAGAGUACGGACGCAACUGACGAUCGGGAAGAUGCGCGCCGACCUGGAAGAGCAAGUCAAACGGCGUACAAAUGAAUUGGAGAACCUGACUAGGCAAUACAAAAUGCUUGUGUCCUUGAGCCCUGUGGGCAUCGCCAAGAUGAACAUGAAGGGCGAGUUCACGUUCCACAGCGAGACCUGGUGGCGAGUCGUGGGAAGAGAUUCUGCGCUGGAUAACCCAGAUGAUUGGGCAAAGUGGAUGGCCGACGGUUCGAAAUCAGUCACAGCUGCAGAGAUGGCGGAGAUACUAGAAACAAGGAAGUCCAUGCGAAGCGAGGCCGAAUUGAUUCGAAGAGACAACGGGGAACAUAUUUGGGUUAUGUCGACGUUUGUCUUCCGAAGAUUUUCAGAGGACGGCAUCUCCUCCUCUGAUAAAGAUGAUGGAGAAUUCUACAUUGCGGUCUGCGACAUCACCAAAGAGAAGAAGCUCGAGCUUGAGAAACUGGAUGCCAUCCAAAAUCUCGCUGAGGAACAAAAAAGGCGCGCUGAGGAAGCAGAGGAAAACAAACGCCAACAGGAAGAAUUUGUGGAUUCGGUAUGUCACGAAAUCCGUAAUCCCCUGAAUGGGGUGAUAUCCAAUGCAGAUCUUCUGCAAGCUGGGCUGAAAAACCGAAUGGUCAUCAUCACAAGGAUGAGCAGCGCCAUCAACACGUGGCGUAAUAUGGUAUCGCAACUGAAUGUCGACUCCAUUACGACUACCGCAUAUGACAUGAGCAGCUUCUUGGAGUACCUUGAGGCAGAAGCGCUCCCGGUGGUUCGCAGUCAACUGCAGGAGGAUGCAGAAGCUAUAGAAGCCGUUCAAAUGUGCGCAGCCCAUCAAGCUGUGAUUACCGAUGAUGUUUUGCAAAUGAGCACGCUGCAGAAGGGGAAGGUGGCGCUCAAUCCCGUGAUCUGCGCGCCGGAGAUUGUCAUUGCCCGGGUGAUGAAAAUGUUUCGAAGCGAGCUGGUGAAGAAGGAAAUCAUUUGGGAAACGCUUAUCAUCACACCAACCGGGAAUGAGCGUCACGUGAGAAAGCUGGGAGAGCUUGCAGUGUCCGUUGCCCUUGCCACCUUCGUGUGGGUGGAUCCGGAUCGCGUGGCGCAGGUCCUUUUCAACUGCAUUUCCAAUGCCAUCAAAUUUCUCGCGAAGUCAGUCAAUGAGAAGCGACUCACAGUCUCUUUGGAGUUCAUCCAACCCAAGUCCAAGACCGAGGAGACGGGGGACUUUGUUACGAUGAAGGUCUCUGUGCGCGACUCUGGGAUCGGCAUGACUGAAAGUGAGAGGCAAAAGCUCUUCGCCCGUUUCAGCCAAGCGACGCACCGCACGUACAGCACUUAUGGAGGGAGUGGCCUUGGGCUUCAUAUCUGUCGGAAUUUAGUCUCUGCAAUGGGUGGACAUAUCGAUCUCACCAGUGCGAAAGGCGUAGGGACCGAGAUCUUCUUCGAGAUUCCAUGCCAGAAGCCGGAUCAUGAGCGACUUUCGGAGAUACGUCAAGGUCUGGGCCGCGGAUUCAAAAACCCGUUGAAUUGUGCCUCGAGCGAGGACGAAUCCAGUUUGGAUAGUCCGUUCUCGCAGAUGACGGAGUUGUGGCUACGCCGGAGGCUGGUUGCUGACGGCAAUUCGGACUCACUCCCCAAUGUCAAUGAAGUCAAUGAAAUCACUGUGGAUUCGGCAACGCUAACAGAGACGAGCACAAAGUUCGCCGAUUUGAACCCGCUAACAAUGACCUUGGCCCCAUUACCCGCAACAAUCGAGCAAAACGGUGUUCACACGCAACCUUGCCGUCCGUUGCGAUUAGAAGAUAUUCACGUCCUCAUUGUCGAGGAUAACAUUAUAAAUCAAAAAGCCCUGAAACGACAAUUGGAAAUAGCGACUGUGAAAGUUGACGUGGCAAAUAACGGAGUCGAAGCGAUAGCGAAGUAUCAAGAGAACUUCUAUCACGUGUUGAUCAUGGAUAAUGAGGCAAGUCUCUGUCGGGUGAGUAACCGGAUCAUGUGGGCUCUAAUCAAUCGAAUCCACAGAUGCCAAUAAUGGGCGGUCUGGAGAAGGAGUACCUUGCGGAGAGACCGCCCUCAACUCGAAUGGACGCAGGGUCGCGAUACUAGGCUUAUCUGGCAAUGCGCGAGGUGUGUUCCGUGAACAGGCGCUGGCCGCCGGGAUGGACGGUUACGUAGUCAAACCAUAUAUGAAGAAGGAUUUAAUGGAAACGCUCGUCGAGUUGGCUAAUCGCAAGGACGUAGGCUAGAAUAUCACUUGUAACUUGGCGUGAACAUAAUAGCACAGUGCAAUAGAUACGUAGAUGGAUGUGAUAGAUACCGCUAACCCCAGAGAUGCUUGCUGUCCCUCUUGACCCGCUUCUAUGCUUCUGUGAGGUCACU